AUGUCGGCUACGGAGAGUAUAAAUACGGGCAAAGAAAAGCUCGAUAAUUGGCUUCACGAGAAGAAUUUCUUUACCGAUGUCUUAGAUAAAAUCGAGAAGAAGACUGGAGUGAAAAGGCUUUAUUUAUUUCUCGGUAAUUUGUAGAUACUCUAACGCAUUUUGGACGAGUCUCCGUCCCUUCGCCUCUGACCAUGCUGUUCUUGCACUUAUAGGUCUUGUUGGUAUAUUCGCCCUUUAUCUUGUGUUUGGCUAUGGAGCAGAUUUGAUUGUGACCUGCCUGGGUUUUGCCUAUCCAGCCUAUCAAUCGUAAGUCUUAAAUGCCUUUUUUGUGAAAACCACGUAUUAGCUGUUUACCUGUUCAGUUGUUUGCUUUCGAGUCGCCAUUUGCAUGUGGGUUAAGCUUGUUUAAAACGAAAGAGUAGAAUACCUGGUUGUCACAUUCUCUCAGCGUUUACUAGCGCCUGAGUCCUCGUUGUUGUUCGAUAUUUCAUUCCAAGACAAAUCUGUUUUACUCCGCUUUGUCUUUUUUUAGGGUUAAAGCUGUGGAAAGUGCAGACAAAGAGGACGACACACAAUGGCUUAUUUAUUGGGUGGUGUUCGGAGUUUUCAACAUCGUGGAGUUCUUUUCGGACAUUUUGCUGUCGUGGUUCCCACUCUAUUUCCUUGUGAAGGUAUUUAACUGUUAGGUUUCUAAACGCCAUGGUUUUAUUUAAGAUGACAAUCAGGUGUAUUGUGGAGGUUUUAUAUUUCUUUACGUAACGUCCAUUAUCGCCAACCUCUUCACUUGCAUUUACCGUUAAAAUUAAAUUUGUGGACUUCGGACUUCUUUGAAGCGUAGAAUUUUUUGCAGAUGCCAAAAUUAGAAGAAACGUUUUAUGUGAGCAGAUCUAAUCUCCAAACUGCAGAAUGGAAUUUUCAUUUGUUUUGCCUCUUCGUUGACAUCACGAACAUUUAGUCUGUAACCGAAGUAUCGUAUCAAUGGUUAGCGUGAGUAUUUCAAUGUGACGUUACUAUUUUUUUAAAGCUGAUUUUCCUGUGCUGGUGUAUGGCGCCUGUGUCUUGGAAUGGAUGUAACACCAUUUACCACAAGGUUAUCAGACCCUUUGUGUUGAAGCACCAGACUCAAAUUGACAAAGCUUUGAAUAAAGUUGGAGAACAAGUCGACAAAGUCGCCCAAGAAGGUGAGCUAUCGUCAAGCUAAGUUAACAGCUAAGAGCUUUCAAUCUGCAGUUGUAAAGGAAGGCGUCUGAUUUUUUAUUUAAUCAGCAGAGUGCUCUUCGGUUUGUUAACAUCGAGUAAUCGUACAAUGUAUUUGAACUUCACACAUGCAUAUAAUGUUUAUAAUUUUUAUUUCUCAAUAAUAAAAGAAUGUUAGAUUUUAUGGGCAAAGUAUGAAUUAAUUGGUUUCGCCGCUCUCAAAGGAAAUUCAAUGGAAAAUCGGUUAUUGUGUUUACUAUAUAUGGCUUCGUCGACGGGUUUGUUAUCCAUUAAUAUUUAAAAAGCAUCACUGUAAGCAGAUGUUUGUGGACCUAUCAUGUAGUUAUGAAUUUUUUUGUAUUCAAAAACAUUAACAGCAUCACCAGCAGCCUCUCAGGCCUUUUAAUUUCCAGCUGAGUGUUUUUGUGGUUGAGCAUUUUCUACCUAUAAGUCAGCUGUGUACCAAUUCUGGAAUUUUUUGAGUCAAUUGAUGACAUGUUGCUAAAGUGUCAUGUAGGUACUUUUUAUCAUUAGAUGUCUAAGAAACUUUAGGGGGGUUGUUGCUUUGAAAUAAUGAGGACAAAAGAAGCCUGUAAGCAUUUCUGUUUUUAUGUUAGUGAGCCAUUUUAUAAAUAUAAACUUUGUUUUAAAAAAUAAAUAAGAAAAAAAUGACAUCCUAGAGGGAAAGAAAAUAGAAGGCCUGGAGUUUGUUUCAGUUGAUAGCUUCAAUUGACAAAGCCAUUACUUUGUUCUGACCCAGUGGCUUUGUAAUUGAGUAAAAAAAAAAAAAGUGGACGGUUGGUUAAACAAGGAACUGAAGGUUUUCUGGGUACGAUUUAGGGCCAUUCUGAUGCAUGCUAUUAUGUGAUUCAACACAAAUUCUGUGGUACUUGAAUCUUGCUGCAUGAAAUUCAUGGAAAGAAAUUUACAAGUGAUAAUGGCACAUUAAUGCUUUCGGAGUGACCAUAAGAUGUGUGCUUUACUACAAGUAGGUUUCAUUUAUGGCGUAAUAGGCAAUACAAAGUUGUAACUUCAAAUUGUUUUUGUAAUUUGAACACUUACAGAUAUCCUUCCCAAUGUUUUAAAUGAUUUCAUAAUUAGAUUAAUCAAGUGCAGUUGGAAUAGCAUUUGGUAGUGUCACAUGCUCUUAACCAUUACAUGAUGAUUAAAAAAAUUGCAGGCAAUUUGCAAGUUUGCUAAAUUACAACCAUGACUGCAGACUUCAAACUGUCCUGUGGUCACAUAUUGAACAAUUAUCUGUACUUGCAACACAACUCUGCAAAAUAGGUCGAAAUCCUUCAUCACUGAGGCCUCUAGCCACAUUCUUGAGUAUUCUGUCUCGUAACAGUGUUUUCUGAAGUUUCUUCUUUUGAAGAUCUAGAGCUCCUGGUUCUCCCAUUAAGCAACUAACAAUAAUUUGUAUUUCUCACAGCAAUAAUUUUAUGGUACAUUUUCAAAAAACUUUUAUAUUUUGCUAAUACUUCUAUUUACCACAUUUCUGCUAACAAAUGGGGCAUCUUGAAGAGCAGGGAGGUUCUCUUUUUCUUUUUUUUUAAUGUGACCUUUUUUAAAGAUCUCAUUGUGUUUUUGUUUCUCUUUUCAGCUAAAGAUGCAGCUACUGAGGCAGCCAUAAGAGCUGCUACUGAUGGCAAAAAAGAUUCUUAG